UGUUCACAGAGAGACUUUGUUGUUAAAACUGAUUGUUCAACAGAGAAAUGAUGCUCAACAAUGCUGAGACUGACAUUUAGGGAACUUUUCAUAUACAACGCUCGCAGUUUAGUGUUGGAUUUGAUUUGAAAGGGACAGAAACAUGCAGCUUUGACAACUCUAAUUCUUCCCGUCUGGAAGCUGAUUGGCUAAGUUAAACAUCGGCUCAGUGUCUGUCAAGAGCAGCUAUUGAAGACAGAGUGCCUUCCUGACAGUGCAGCUGUAUAUUUACAGGUGCAGCUCCGAUAUGACUAAGAGAAGCACGUCUCUUCAGCUUGUCAAAAGGAUGCUGAACCAUCACUGCAGAAGGAACCCUGAGCUUCAUGAGGAGCUGCAGAUCCAGGCUGCAGUGGCAGCAGGGGAUGUCUGCACUGUCAGGAGAAUGCUGGAGCAAGGCUACUCACCUAAGAUCCGUGAUGCCAAUGGCUGGACACUGCUCCACUUCUCUGCUGCCAAAGGAAAAGAGAGAUGUGUUCGAGUCUUCCUGGAGCAUGGAGCUGACCCCACGGUGAAGGACUUUAUUGGUGGCUUCACAGCACUUCACUAUGCUGCUAUGCACGGCAGAGCACGCAUCGCCCGACUGAUGCUGGAAUCUGAGUUCCGCAGUGACAUUAUAAAUGCGAAAAGCAACGAUGGCUGGACGCCGCUGCACGUGGCUGCACACUACGGUCGAGACUCGUUUGUACGCCUCCUCCUCGAGUUCAGGGCCGAGGUGGACCCGCUGAGUGACAAAGGGACCACACCGCUGCAGCUGGCUAUCAUCCGUGAGCGCUCCAGCUGUGUACGGAUCCUCCUGGACCACAGCGCCAACAUUGACAUUCAAAAUGGCUUCCUGCUGCGAUAUGCUGUCAUCAAAGGCAAUCACUCAUACUGCCGCAUGUUCCUGCAGAGAGGAGCGGACACUAAUCUGGGACGUCUCGAAGACGGCCAGACCCCCCUGCACCUGUCAGCCCUCAGGGAUGAUGUGUUGUGCGCUCAGAUGCUCUACACGUACGGGGCUGAUACCAACACCAGAAACUACGAGGGCCAGACGCCAGUAGCUGUAUCUGUUAGCAUGUCUGGGAUCAGCCGGCCCUGUCUGGACUUCCUGCAGGAGGUUACCAGACAACCCCGGACUCUGCAAGACUUGUGUCGAAUAAAAAUCCGUCACUGCAUUGGCCUUCAAAGCCUGAAAUUCUUGGAGGAUCUACCAAUUGCAAAGGUUAUGAAAGACUAUUUAAAACACAAGUUUGACAAUGUGUGAAGGCAACAACAAGAAGAAGAAGUGGCGAGGGUGACUAAAAACUCUCUGCUAUCAUUUAUAAAGACUAUGCAAUCACCAUGCUCCUUGUCUGGAAGACAUGUUCAAUGGUCUGUUCUAUAAACGCUGAAGGAUAGUUAGUCCAGUUCGUUCAUCCAGUUCAACACAUUAGAAAUACAAUUUUCUGCUCCUGUCCCCCAUUUCAGCCUUUUUACAGGUAGAACAGUUGCUGAAGAAUGAAAAUGGAUCAAAUUCAAGGAACGGUUAUGAUUUUUGUGUGAAAAAAAAACUCAUUUGAGUGCAGCUAGCAUUAUUACCAUUGAUGCUGUUACUGUAAAAAUGUGUAUGAUGUUAACCUUGCUGAGUCAGAUUUUCAUCAAGUGUGUACUUGUCAAUGAAUAUAUUUUAACCCCCACUCACCCACACUUUUCUUUUGUUUGUUUGUUUGUUUUUUUAGCCGAGCUACAUAUAGAAAGCUAAACUGAAAUUGCUGCAGUGAUGACAAUUCUCUCUGCGACUCAAAAUCGUAUAAUAUUGAGCUCGGGGGAUAGUGAUAGCUUUAAAAACCGUUACAGGCUACACUCCCUGAUUUUGUCUUAUUACCCCAUAGUGAGUGUAAAUCCCAAAAUCAGUUCGAAACUUCAGUUACUUAUUACGCAAAUAAAACUGCUAUUGUGCCCAUCAUCAGCUAUUUCGGAAACAGUUGACCAAUGAGAAAAUACUGAAGGUGAAGUAAUUGCCAUGUGGACACCAUCUCUCAUCAGCUUGCUAUGUAGAAAGAGCAAAGCAGCGCGACUUUGUGUAAUUCAUUCAGCCUGACAUGUCAUAUCAGGCUAAAUCAAUCAAGUGAAAUGACAAUUCAAGCUAAAUUAUCACAUUACCCCAAGCUCACUGCUGUCGCAUUGGAACUGAACCGAAUAUUAAAGUAUCAACAGUAAGUCAAGAGGAAAUUUUGAGGUUUCGUGCCGCUACCGGGUGCUGUCAGAAAACCAAGGUGUGUGAUCCAUUUUUGUUUCAUCAAGACACAAGCGAGACGAUAACAUGCAGUUGAAAUUAACUUCAGUGUAAUGCUUAGAUAUUUUUGAUACCAUCAGUUGAACAGUGGAAGCAUUCUGCAUCAGUCAAGUUGCUUUGUCCAUUGCUACACUGUAUGUAAUACAUUUGAGUUUGGAGUGAGUGCACUGUGACUGAAUUCUGUUCUGGAAGCACCGAAUUUACUCUUUAAAGCAGUCGUUCAUUGAAUCGUGAACAACAAGGUCUGUUUUAGAUAACACUGACACACAAUCACUAGAAGCUACAGUCAAUGUAAAUAUGUUACAUGUACAACAGAUAUUUUUUUUUUUAGAAUUUAUUUAAGCAAUGAUCUGUGGUAUUCUUAAUGUAUUUAAAGUUUGGAAAGUAUUGUGAUCUAUUUGGUGUGACUGAAGUAUUUCUUUUGUGUGUGUCUAAGUUGAAAUACUCUGUUGUACAAGAAUAAUUUGGAAUCAAGUGUUCUUUGUUUUCUGGCAGAAAUGUUGGGUGCUUUCAUAAAAUUCAUUAUCUCUUGCAGGUAACUCUGUUGUGGAGAUUAUACUGUGAAUUUUUCAUUUUGACAACUUAGAGUAAAAUGUACGAUUUGGGGUUUAAAUAAUGCCCAUGCCACAAGAAAUAUUUUUUUCUUUGUCUCUGCAUGUGUUUAAAAUGCGUAGUGAAAUUAUGUGGCACCUAAAGUUGGUUUUCCUAAAAUGUUGUAAUCACAAAUCCAUUCUAACAAUGUUCACCUGCAUUAAAAUGUCAGUGUAAUUUUCAUAUUUAAAUUUGCAUGUUUGUCUGCAGCCUUGUGUCAGGACAUUUUGUGAAAAAUGCACAUUUUUGCAAUGCAAAAUGCAAACUGUGUGCUCCAUGCAGGUAAACUGAGAGAAGUUUUCAUUAGUUUGAAGCAAGACAACAAACAGGCAGUGGGUUAAUCCAGAAAAAUGGAAAGUGAGUGUGAAGUUCAAGGGAGU